UGUUUUGGCGUUGUUGCGGCGGAAGCAGCUCGAUGACGUGAUGUUGUUAUGUAUACCAGCUGAUGGCUGACGGGCGGCGAGCGGCGGAGCUUCGACGCGGAGGAAAUAAAGAGGAAAAGAGACAAACGGACGGCGCCUUCCUGCUUCACUUCUCUUCUGUUUCACUAGGAGCGAAGCCGCCGAGCUGCAGGACGGCGUCCAGAUGAAGAGCUCGGCUGUUCUCGUCGUGUUUGUGCUGUGCAGGCCGGGCCUCCGCGGGCUGGCCUGCCGCGCCGCGCCGCUCCAUGAGUGAAGUUCGCGCCUCGCCACGCAUUAAAAACGGCUUCGAGGAGAUGCUCGAAACCAUAAGAGCCCACCCCGCAACACAGACCGAGUAGUGGCGCCUCCAGACCGCAAACUGCGCACAGUCGGGCCGGCGAAGUUCACAGGAGACAGACCGACUCACGGCCGGCGGAGCUGCAUGUUGGCGUCGGCCUCCGAUGUCGCACAGCGCGGUCUUCGCCGAAGCACGUACCGAGUGACCCAGCGCAUCUCCCGGAGCACCGCCGAGUAACGCCAUGUGGUUAAAACUCUUCUUCCUGCUGCUUUACUUUUUCGUUUUGUUCGUCCUGGCGCGGUUUUUCGAGGCCGUGGUCUGGUACGAAACCGGCCUCUUCGCGACGCAGCUCGUGGAUCCGGUAACGCUGAGCUUCCGAAAGUUGAAGACGAUCCUCGAGUGUCGCGGUUUAGGCUAUUCUGGUCUGGCCGAGAAACGAGAUGUCCGAGAGCUGGUCCAGAACUCGGGAGAGCUGAUGCAGGGGGAGCUCUACUCUGCUUUAAAAAACGAAAAAGAGCAAGCAGGGUCGGACUCCAGCACCACCUUCAACGGGGAGAUGCACUUUUAUGAGUUAGUGGAAGACACUAAGGAUGGCAUCUGGUUGGUCCAGGUUAUAGCCCAAGACAGAAAUCCACUGCUGAGCACAGCCAACUGGGGCAAGAUGGUACAGAAAGUUUCUCAGUUUGGUAUCCGCACUGGCACUUUCAAUUGCUCGAGUGACUCGAGAUAUUGCCAUAAACGUGGUUGGAUGAAGUCCACCCUCAUCAUGUCAGUGCCCCAGACUUAUGCCUCUAAAGGAAAGGUCAUGCUAAAAGAGUAUAACGGUAGACGCAUUGAGACGGAACACAUCUUCAAAUGGAUGACCGCACAUGUUGCUUCCCGCAUCAAAACCAUCCGUUUCUCUCAGCAGUUGAUGGACGAUUGGUACCAGAGAGAAAAACAGCCCGUAAAGAUGUUCUUAUUUGCCAAACUGAUCCAGCCCCCUGCCUUCUUCUCAGCCCUCAGCAUCAAAUUCACAGGGCGCAUAGAGUUCAUUUUCGUUGACGUGCGCAACUGGGACAAUGCCACCUGUUUGGAGGAGAUCGGAGUGCAGCAGAUGCCCUCUUAUAUUCUCAAAACACCAGAAGGUAUCUACAGAUAUGGCAACAGCACUGGAGAAUACAUUUCCCUGCAUGCCAUGGACACGUUCCUACGGUCUGUCCAGCCAGAGGUCAAUGAUCUUUUUGUUUUGAGCUUGGUUAUGGUUAACCUCAUGGCCUGGAUGGACCUUUUCAUAACACAAGGAGCCACCAUUAAGCGCUUUGUGGUUCUAAUCAGCACAUUGGGGACGUAUAAUUCCUUACUCAUUAUCUCUUGGCUUCCCAUCCUUGGAUUCCUUCAGCUGCCAUACUUGGACAACUUUUAUGAGUACAGUCUUAAAUUGCUGCGCUAUGCUGAUACCACCACCAUUGCCUCUUGGGUCAGGGCAGAUUGGACUUUCUACUCCUCACACCCGGCUCUGUUCUUGAGCACGUACCUAGCCCACGGCCUGCUCAUAGACUACUUUGAGAAGAAGAGGAGGUGUGGCAACGAAGACCAGAAUGCAAAUAAUCUGGAGUGGCUGUCCAGUCUGUGGGAUUGGUACACCAGUUACUUGGUACAUCCUAUUGCCUCCUUUCAGAACUUCCCAAACGAGUCAGACUGGGAUGAUGAUCCUAACUUCCUUUUAGAUAGGUUGGCAUUCCCGGACCUCUGGCUUCGCCCGCUGGUUCCCAUCGACUACAUCAAAAACCUGCCCACCUGGAGGUUCAAGUGCACACAGCCAGAGGGUGCUGGCUUAGGGGACCAAGAUAAUCCGCCAGACAAGACGGUGCACCCAUCAAGAGAUGAACCAGGUAGUGACCAGCAAACACAUCAUUACAGCUCAGAGAAGACUCACACUAAAGAUGAGCGUUUGGCUGGGAUGAGGUCAGAAGAGUCCUGGUCCUCAGGAGAGGAACAGGACACCGAUUGGUCCCGGUGGCCCUGCGGCAUGCUCCACUGCACGGAAUGCGUCGUGUGUUUGGAGAAUUUUGAAACCGAAUGCCUUGUCAUGGGCCUGCCGUGCGGCCACGUUUUUCACCAGCAGUGCAUCGUGGUCUGGCUGGCAGGGGGACGACACUGCUGUCCAGUAUGUCGGUGGCCAUCCUAUAAGAAGAGACCAGCCAGACAACCUUAUGCAGAUUAUCCAUCCGAACCAGAAUAGCGUAUGCCAUUGGCUGCAGAUCUGCUUCCUGCACUUAACUUAUAAAAUACUUGAUGUGUCCAUUGUUAGUCUGUAGACCUGUAGAUCCAUGUUGUUGGCUCCUGUUUUUAUUUCCGGUGGUUUGAAUCUGCAUACACUUUACCGAAUAUAGGCCUUUUGUGGACAUAUUAAGUCUAGGCUUGGACUAAAUGUUCCUGCUAAUUGAAAAUGUUGGACUAGCCUUUUUAGUCCAUGUCGAAGGCUUAAUAUGUAUCCAGAAAACUGGCCUAAUAGGAACCUACUUUUUCCUAAUAUGAUUUAAUUCUGUGCUUGUCUGGAAAAAUUGGAAUCAAAUGCCUUGCGCUUAGAGAAUAAAUCUGAAAAGUGAACUUAUAAGUAAAAAGACAUGUAAGGCACUGCCUGCUGUCAUGCAGGCAAAGCAAUGCCAUCAAUUAAAAGGCAAGUUUCUUUGUAGCUCUUAUAAAGCCUGUUGGUCAGAUGAAGGCAAAAGUCUGCGUACGUGUUCUGUAUCAGAGUUCCAUAUACGUGUUCAAUGUGUCUUUAAUUUAUAAAUGUGAUCAGUUACGGUGUAAAAUUGAAUUUCUCAGCUUGGGCCAGGCAUACACUACAUUUUUUUUUAUCACACUGGAGCCAAAUAGCGGUUUGUGAGUUUGGACCACACCCAAAAUUGAGCUGGUGACAGGAGGGAAGUCUGAGAAGCUUGGGCAGAAGGUCUGGGGUGGCUUGCUCAGAACGAGCCCCCCUCCCCCCGAGGAGUUUCAGAUGUGGUCCUUCUCUGAAACCGAAGCUAUUUCAUUACUCCUUUUAAACACAACCCGAAAUGGAAGUGCUUUCAAAAUCAGGGUUGGAGUAAAUUAAAUGACAGGUCAUACGACUGAUCAUUGUUCUCAUCCCACUGUACACACUGACCUCGGGUGAUAUUCAGAGGUACUUGUGGAAGUGGUAGAAAUGCAUAUCGCUGUCGGACGAAAACCUUGCAUCUCCGUUUUUUUGUUGUUUUUCCGUUUUUGGUGUAAUUGUGAAACGCCUGUUGCGCUUUACAUUGUGUUUACAUAUUAUGAAGGAUGGAUAAAAUGAAAUGACUCAGAAUGACUUGGAAAACAAUCGGUUUCCAUUCGCUUACAUUAGUAGUUAUGUAGGAUUUUUCCUUUUCCUGUAAAGUUGUCAUUCUGGAGAUGCAAGGUUUUCUUCCGACAACAGCAAUAUGGAACUGUGUCAACAUUCCGAGGAGGAGAGGGUAGAGGAAGGAUGCGUUGUUGGUUUUAGCGUUCACUUUAGAAUUCAUUCAUGACUACAUUUCUACAAAACGGCACGUGUGGCUUGACCAGGACAUUUAAGCAGCUUAACGUGCCAGCAGACUACACCAACUCAACCAACGUUUGGGCAAUGAACUGUGAUCAUUUGAGACGUUCCCGAAUAUGAGAAUACUGGUUGUGUAGUGUAUCUCCAGCCGAAGUGUGAAGCGUGACAGGGCAUUAUUGAAGACAGGUCUUUAAGUUGAUUUAAAUCAUGCAAACAUCUGGGCAUGUGGAUCUGAUAUUUAUGCUAUACAGCAGAACUAACCAUAAGAAAUACUCAAACCUGAGCAAGUGUUUUGCACCCCAGGCAAAAAUGACAGGCUGACAUUGACCUGCUAGAGUCCAGAGCUCCGUUUCUGAUUCAUUCGCUUAUUCACUGAGGCAUGACCACGUCCUUCGUCCGUGACCGGAAUUGCUGCAUUGUAAGAACACUACUAAUGACCUUAUCCCACCAUCUUACUCCAGCUGUUUGUGUGAAUUUGAAACAUAAAUCGAAGCUUCAGUCUGUCGUGUUGUUCAAUUCAUUAAAGUUUAAUUUUCACAUGA